AUACUGCUUCUAUGCUAUCUAAUGUAUCUCUUCAACCUAACCUUUUUCAAAGCAAUUGAGCACUUUCUGCCAUGGCUGGCUCUAGCUUACACAUGCUCUUCACAAAGCUAUCACUGGUUUUGAGUCUUCUAUGGAGUGCAAACUUUGGUCUCUGGCAUGAACCUAGCAGCAGCAGCAGCAGAUUAGGGAUAUACCCACCAACAUGCAAGCGAAUAGAGUGUCCAUCUUAUGAUGUUAUAGAAGUUGGUGAUGGAUAUGAAAUUCGCAGCUAUAACUCUUCUGCUUGGAUGUCAACCUCUCCCAUCCAAGACAUUUCCAUUGUUGAAGCUACCAGAACUGGUUUCCUACAGCUGUUUAACUACAUUCAAGGGAAGAAUAAAUAUGGAGAGAAGAUAGAGAUGACAGGUCCAGUUAUUACUGAAGUUUCUCCAAGUGAUGGACCUUUCUGUGAAUCCUCAUUCACUGUCAGUUUUUAUGUUCCAAAAGAGAAUCAAGCAAAUCCACCUCCUGCAGAAGGCCUACAUGUUCAAAGAUGGAAACAAACAUAUGCAGCAGUAAGGCAAUUCAGUGGGUUUGUUACAGAUUCAAAUGUUGGAGAGGAAGCCGCUGCCUUGGAAGCCAGCCUUGCAGGUACUACAUGGGCUACUGCAAUUCAGAAAAGCCAUGAUGCUGAUGCUACUUCUGUGUAUACAGUUGCACAGUACAAUUCUCCAUUUGAAUUUGAUCACAGGGUCAAUGAGAUAUGGAUGUUGUUUGACAAUUUAACAUAAUUACAGUUAACAGUCAUAGAAGUACCAUGUUAUUCAAUAAACUAGCUAGGCAAGCUUUUAUGUGUAGGCGUACUGUUUAAAGUUUUCUGUUUUAGUGAUAUUGAAUAAAGGUGCUUGAAUGCUUUUGUUAUCAAAA